GCUUGUGGUUUUAAAAAGAAACAAAAAAGUCCCCGCGACUUCAAACUCCCACGCAGUUUAACUUGAAAACCCCUCGCACACACUAAACCUCAAGCCUUUCACUUUUUUUUUUAAGAUCGCUUCCUGUUUCCAUCGUUCUACCGACGCUUUCGGGGCGUGCGCCGGCCUUUUUCUUUCCCGCUGAUCUCGCUCGCUUGUGAACAAGGGGGUCGCGAGGGGGAGGCGGUUUACGAUUGUGUGUGUGUGUGUGUCUACUUUCACCUCGGCUGCGCUCACAGAAACUGAGAACGAGGAGAAGAAAAACAAAAAGCAUGCUCAACGCUACUUUGGAGAGGAGCCCGGCGUACGCUCUGGUGUUUGGCUCCGUGAUGGCGUUGGGUCUGCCUCUCAACGUCGCCUCGCUGUGGAUCCUGUUCACCCGCAACAGCCUCAAGUCGCCCAGCGUCGUCUUCAUGGUCAACCUGGCCCUCUCGGACCUCAUGCUCGUCGUCGCCUUGUCCACGAGGGUCUACUACUACGCCACGGGCGUCUGGCGCCUGGGCGCCAUGGCGUGCGUCUGGUUCACCAUGCUCUUUCGCAACAACAUACGCUCCAGCGCCAUCUUCAUCACCUUCAUCAGCGUGGACCGGCUGAUGGCGGUGGUGUACCCCAUGAGGUCCCGACACCUCCGGACGGCGGCCAACGCCUGGAAGGCCGCGGCGCUCGGCUGGCUCUUCGUGGUGGCCUUGAACGUCCCCGAGAGCAUGGGCUUCGCCAAGUUCCUCAACGGCUCCAACGAAUCCGUCUGUUUCGAAUUCCCCGACGCUCCUCGAGAUCCCAUAUUGGCUUACAUGGUGCCCGUGUUGGUGCUCGUCAUGCUGGCGGUCAUCGUCGUGUCCACCGCCAUGGUGUCGCUGACGCUGCGCACUCGCCUGAACGACUCGGCGAGGGUGAAGAACCAUGUGAACGUCAUGCUGAUCUUCGCCAUGAACCUGGCGAUGUUCGCCGUGUUCUUCCUGCCCGUGUCGCUGUUCGUCUUCUUCGAGAGGUCGAAGCCGCCGCCGACGUCGCUGAUCUGCCUCGCCAGCGUGAACUGCUGCCUGGACCCGCUGCUGUACUACUUCUCCUUCGACGGCUUCUGGAGGAGGAAAGAGGACGCGGAGACGUCAGCGGCGAGAGAAUGAGUCGACGGAGGACAGAGUACGCACCGAUUGUGUGUGUGCAGUGUGCGGAUACAAGGUGAACGCUCCCAAUUUUUGUUUAUUUUUGGAAUAAAUGUCUCAUUUUUCACACUAA